AAAGAAAAUCACAUCGCUCAUUGCUUAGUGCCUAUUGUGUGUGAGGCACUCCUUUGGAAAUGUACGUGCUAUCUCUCUCAGUCACUUCUCCGUGAGGUAAAAUAUCAUUAGCUUCACGGAGCCGAAGAGCUGUGUGGCGCAGGAGGAUUAGUCACUUGCCCGUGGUUCCUGGUGAAUAAUUGGCAGAGCUAAGAUUUCCACUCAGGAGUCUUUGAGAUCAAAGCCAGACACUUGGCCGUUGCCUGAAGAUGCGAGCAAGCCCUGUUCUGUAAGUCUCUCCUACGUGCAGGGUUUUACACUAGAUGCUGCGGUCUUGGGGUGCAGAGAGGUUUCCCUGAGGACCUACCUCCAAAAGUCUACAGUCCAGUCAAGACCCUAUGUCCCAUAGACAUCGCCAUUCGCAGCACACGUUAUUUUGGAGGCAGUAGUUGACCGAGGUACAGAACAAGAGGCCACCUCUGGCCCCCAGCAGCUGUCCAGCCUGCAGUUCCAGUCUUCAAAGCCCCAACGACCCAAUCCCAUCCCCUUCCCAACUGAAGGAGCGGAAAGAGAAGAGAGAAGAGAGAGCAGAGGGAUUGAGAGAGAUAGACGGAGAUCUCUGGAGCAGACCUCAAGGUGAUUUCCAUUUCUAUCUGGUUCUCGUCUGGGGGGGCCCUGGCCGGGCAGCCCCCCCACACUUCUACCGUCCUGAAACACGGCUCUAGCCAACCUGCUCCGCUGCUUUACCUGCGACCGUCUCUGCGGGGGCUGCACGGCACCAGCCCCUCCAGCCCGCCAGGGCAUCGUCCUCCAGCCCGUCAUGCCCAGCUGUGACCCUGGCCCGGCCCCUGCCUGUCUACCCACCAAGACUUUCCGCAGCUACCUUCCCCGCUGCCACCGUACUUACAGUUGUGUCCACUGUCGAGCACAUCUGGCCAAACACGAUGAGCUUAUUUCCAAGUCCUUCCAAGGGAGCCAUGGCCGGGCCUACCUGUUUAACUCCGUGGUCAACGUGGGUUGUGGGCCAGCUGAACAGCGCCUCCUGCUCACAGGACUCCACUCGGUAGCUGACAUUUUCUGCGAAAGCUGCAAGACCACACUGGGCUGGAAAUAUGAGCAAGCCUUUGAGACCAGCCAGAAAUACAAAGAAGGGAAGUACAUCAUUGAGAUGUCACACAUGGUGAAGGACAACGGCUGGGACUGAGGGGGGGCUCAGCAGGCUGGGACCCUCCUCCGCAUGCCCCACCUCCCUCACACCAGUCCCCUGGCCCCGUGAGCAGUCCACACCAGCAUGAGUACUGCCCGCCCCUGGGGAAACCUGGCUCCAAACGACCACCGCCUCCCUCCCCCCACCGCAGCAGUACCAGGUCCCCUUGGAACAGGAGCGAUACCCCAGGGGUAGUGAAGGCUCAGGAGCGGGUAGCAGUCAGGGAAAUACGAAACUGGGGAGAGGAGAUGCUUGCGGCACUGAAAACAGAGUGAUGGCAGGGUGUGAACUCAGGCAGAUAGGACUAGGAGUUAUCAACCUUUGAUCCGCCUUUUUUUUUUUUUUUUUUUUUUUGAAUAACCAGGACAAACCCCUGGUGGUGGGGCUAGACCACAGAAUAGCAAAGACCUAGGUUGGAGUGAAAUUUUGGUCUCAGAUAUCAGGGCCCCAGAGUCUGAGGGUAGUUUACUCAACCCCAUUCUUGGUC